AUGCUCAAUUCCGAUACCGAGACGGAAAUCGAGGGGGAUUUUUUGGCGCGGGAGGUAGAGAAGGAGGAGAGAACAAUGGGGAAUCCAAACGCCACUUCAAUGCUGGAUCACGAUGGAGAAACGACAGAUGUCGAGACGCCACCUCGACGGCCAAGUUCGCAAUUGUCUAGACCGCACUCGCAUUCGCCGUCCGAGAUUCAGACAAUUCCUGUCGCUGAUCACGAGAAAAGUUCGGGUCCGAAUGAGAGUCGGGGUGAGAGAAUAUUGGUGGAUUGGGAUGGGGAUGAUGAUCAAGGGAAUCCGCGGAAUUGGUCGACGUUGUAUAAGAGUUGGAUAACGUUUCAGUUGGGGAUGUUGGCUUUGAGUGCGAGUUUGGGGAGUAGUAUUAUUAGUCCGGCGGGGAAGACGAUUGCGGCGUAUGUUGGUGUUGGAUCGGAAGUUAGUGUGUUGAGUAUUAGUCUGUACAUAUUGGGAUUCGCAUUUGGACCACUUUGCUGGGCGCCAAUAUCUGAGCUUUGGGGAAGAAGAUGGAGUAUGUUACCCCCACUAUUUUGUCUGGGACUGUUUUCCAUUGGAACGGCUACAAGUACAAACGCGGCAUCGAUUUUUAUAACGAGAUUCUUUGGAGGAUUAUUCGGAUCGGCACCUGUUUCGAAUGUUUCUGCAGCGUUGGGAGAUAUGUGGAGUCCUAAAGCUCGAGGAACGGCUGUUACAUUCUAUGCAGUGGCAGUUGUAGGUGGACCGACACUAGGACCUUUGAUCGGAAGUGCCUUGCUUGUGAAUCCACAUUUAGGAUGGAGAUGGACGGAAUAUCUCGAGGCGAUUUGGGUAUUUACAAUGUUCGGAUUGUGUUUGAUCUGUCUUCCCGAAGUCUAUACCCCCGUCCUACUCAAGAAGAAAGCCGCUCGUCUUCGCAAAGAAACAGGCAAUAAUGCCUAUUAUCAUCCACAUGAAGAAAUCAAACUCGAUGCCAAGACCAUUGUCACGAAGCACUUUUCGAGACCCCUCCUAAUGCUUACUACAGAGCCAAUGGUUACCUGUAUAGCAUUCUACGCCUCCUUCGUUUACGCGAUCCUCUACCUCACUCUAGAAGUCUUCCCCAUCGUCUUCUCCGAUAACCGCGGCUGGUCCCCCGUCAUAGCUUCACUCCCUUUCCUCGGCCUCUUCGUCGGAGUCAAUUUAGCCGUCGUAGUCAAUCUUGGCAAUCAACCUCGCUACGCGCGUAUUGUCGACGCAGCAGGUGGACGUCCCGUUCCCGAAGCGCGUCUCGCCCCCAUGGCACUCGGAGGCAUCUUAUUCGCAAUCGGACUUUUCUGGUUCGGAUGGACGGCUGCGCCAAAUAUUCACUGGAUUCUCCCAGUUAUAGCUUCGGUAUUCAUCGGCGCUGGGUUUAAUAUUAUUUUCCAACAGUGUAUCAAUUUUCUCGUUGAUACUUAUGCAUUGUACGCGGCGAGCGCGGUAAGUGCGAAUACUUUCCUGAGAAGUAUUCUGGCGACUGGCUUUCCGUUGGCGGCGGGCCCAAUGUUUAGGGCUAUGGGGGUAGGGCCAGCAAUGAGUGUACUAGGGGGAGUCGCUACUCUAGCGAUACCGGUGCCGUUUUUGUUUAUGAGGUAUGGAGUUGCGUUGAGGAGGAAGAGUAAAUUCGCCCCUUUUAAGGAUUAG